CCUGAGUUUUUGACGAGUCUGUGUCGGUUGCUGCCAUGAAUACGAAAAACGAUCUCAAGGCAGCCAGAGAGGCCCUUGGUCAUAAAAAGUUUGAUGAAGCCGUCAAAGCAUGCAAACGAGUGCUGCUUUGGGAAGGAGAGAAUUACAACGCUUGGGUGUUUCUGGCGGUGGCGUACACCGGCCUAGAAGACGACCAAGAGGCCGAGAGUGCUUACAAACGAGCCCUCGAGAUUAAUUCCGACUCCAUGUUGGCAUGGCAGGGAUUGAUCAGUUUCUAUGAAAAACGAAGUCGCUGGGCCGAACUCGAACGCACCAUUCAGCACCUGCUCCCUCGCACGAUUGAAAGCGGAGACGGCAAUCGCUUGGCAGACUAUCUGAAGAAACAGUUGGACAUUUACGAGAACAAGAUACCAAACGAAGAAAAGUUUGUCGACACGCUGAAAAAGUUUCUUCCGGACAGCCCAGUGUACGAUCUGUUGAAAGCCGCCUCGUCGGUGCCGUCAGCGGUGGAAAUUUGGACGAAAUUAAUUCGCAUUACAGAAACCAACGAAAAGCGUCAAAUCGAAAAGGAAGUGCAUUCGCGACGGUUUCGUGUCAAUGCAGGGUCACUAAGUGAAGUCCAAGAGGAAGUGGAAGCGGAAGUGUAUGGCAAGUCCAACCUCGGUCAUAUGUAUGAACAGCUGUUGGGCUUGGGCGAAUCCAGCCCCGAGCUCAAAGUCAAAUUGCUGCACUUUUACCGACGACGAUUACCGGGAGUUACCGAGAAAAAGGAAUUAUAUGAGAAAAUGAUGCAGCUCGCCACCACCCUAGUACAAGAACAUAUUGAUGACAUUUUACCUUACGAAUUGAUGAUUGAAACCACCGAUACGGAUGACGUUGCUUCCUAUGACCAAUCACUACUCGAUUACAUCAAGCAACACUUUCCUUCCAGUGGAUUAGCUAAAAUUUCCAGCGGCUACGACGCCUUCCAGCGCAAUGAGAUGGAUGAAGCGUUUGAUCUUUUCGGGGAAGGAUUGGAUGCUUCACCAGACAGUCCAUUUGCUUACCAAUGCCUGUCAUGGAUUUAUCAUGAUUCCCAAGAAUACGAAUCGGGAUUGGAAUACGCCACAAGAGGACGGGAUUUAGUACGCAAACUGAGCCAAGAAUUAGGCAUUACACUGGACAAAGUUCUGCUGUCGAUGGAAUUAUGCAUGGCCCACUGCUACCGCCAAUUGGAUGUCCGCUAUUAUUCGGAUGCCAUGGCCAUUUACAAAAAGGUGCUCAGCCGAGCACCCGACCAAAUUGGCGCCCUGGAAGGCAUUGGUGUUAUCCUAGUAGCUGACAAGAAAUACGAUGAAGCUCUGUCGUACUUUGAAAAGGUGCAUGGCAUCAAUCCUGCACGGCAUAUGACCUUGGCGGAAAUUGGCUGGAUUUACUGUGAAAAAGGUUCUUUUGAGCAAGCCAUUGAAUACAUCACUAAAGCAAUAGAAGUUGCUGGCAAAAAUACUGCCGAAUACAGCUAUCGUCUUGGUCGUGUCUACUGGGCCAUGGGCGAAACACAUCAGGCGGAAGCAUUCAAGUAUUUCCUUCAAGCGGUGAAAAUCGACUCCCAGUUUGCAAACGGUUUUUCGUACCUCGGACACUAUUACCGUAUCGUUCAAAAAGAUGCAGUUCGAGCCAAAAAAUGUUAUCAAAAAGCGUUUGUUCUUAAUCCGAUGGAUGUGGAAGCAGCACUGCAUCUCAGCGAUUACUAUGUGUUGGACGGUGAGUCGGCCAAUGCAGAGACGGUAUUUCGUCAAAUCACCGAAUUGUGUCCCAAGGUGGGCUGGGCCUGGCGUCGUUUGGGUUACGCCAACAUGGAAAACAAUGUCUACAAUGAUGCGAUUACUUGCUUCCAAAAAGCGUUGCGAACAGAUACCAACGAUGUGCGAUGCUGGGAAGGAUUAGCGGAAGCCUACAGUCACGAAGGACGAUACGUCGCGGCUCUCAAGGCGUUUGGUCGAGCUACCGAUCUGGAUCCCAGCUCCGUUCACGCGCGUCAUGAAAAGGCGCUGGUGAAACAAAAAGUGGGCAUGCUGGACGAAGCGAUUGCCGAAUUCCAGGCGACGCUGGAAAUUGCUGCGGAACAGGGCAAGGCCAACUACAUGCCUUCCAUUAAAGGAUUAGCCGACACGUACCUUGAACGAGCCAAAGAGGAUUUCCAGCAAGGUUUCUUUGGACGUGUGGCGGCAGGAUGUGGUAAUGUCAUUGGCACCGUCUUACGCGGAUUACAAAAGGAUCCUACAUUAUUGUCUCUGUGGAAAUUGGUGGCCGAUGCCUGUAUCAUGUAUCGUCAAGUGCCCAGUUAUCUUUACUUGUGCGCUUAUCGUGAACUUCAAGAGGUCAUGCAAAUCAUGGGAGACAAGAAUCCUCACACCCAACUGGGAUUACCGCACGACGCUACAUCCCAGCUCAUGGACGAAUUCAUGCCGUUGGAUGUGUCCGACCCCGAUUUUGAUCUCCCUGCGAAAGCGGCCCUGGAUGUGAUUUUCGCAUGUGCUAGUUUUGCGUACAAGCAAGCGUUGGUGCUCUCCAAGAACCACGGGUCGGUGGCCCCGGCGUUCUGGCAUGAUUUGGCCCUUGUAUACCACUGGAUGUCGGAAAACAACAACAGCGAAUCCACCGACGAAACCAAUCCGUUGAUGGAGACCGCCAUGAAAUGUGUUCAUAUGGCUCUGAAACUCAACCCCACGCAACAUCACUAUUGGAACACUUUGGGAGUCAUUGCCAUGCAACAAGCCCCCAAAAUCAGUCAAUAUGCUCUUGUAAAAGCUAUGGAAUACAAUAACCGGAGUGCGGUUCCAUGGACCAAUUACGGUUUCCUCUGUUUACUGCGAAAAGACUACGAGUUGGCCAAUCAAGCGUUUGAAACGGCCCAUGCAUUGGACCCUGAAUGGAUUUCUGCGUGGACAGGCCAAGCCUAUGUCGCGUCCCUAUGGGGCACCGAUGCCGCCGCAAUUUUCCAACAUGCCUUUGAAGCCAGUAACGGAUCUUCGCUGGAUGCUAGCUACGGCUAUGCGGACACCGUGUUUACAGCACUUUCUGCAUCGAGUCAGACGGAUAGUUACACAUUAAUUGCGCCUGCAUUUGCUUUGCAGAAAUUGACCGAACAGAAACUGAAUGACGCAGUGUCGUUGAAUUUACUGGGUCUCUUAUUGGAACGAUUGCGACAGUACGGACGGGCCUCGGAAGCGUUUGCCAGUGCGAUCUUGGCCUUGGAAGCCAAGGCGGAGCAAGAUCAAGUGACACAAGAAGAAUUGGGUCAUCGUUUGGCCAAGGUGCAUGCCAAUUUAGGCCGAACCUUGUGUGCAAGUGGUGACUUUUCAGGUGCCAUUGCCAGUUACGAGCAUGCUCUAUCCAGUGCAGCUUUUGAAACAGGACCUGGACGUGUGUACUGUCAGUUAGGAUCCGGGAUUGCCUACUAUUUCGAAGACCGACUGGAAGAGUCAUUGAGUAUGUUUGAAGCCGCAUUAAAUGAGACUGAAGCGGAUAUCGAUUUGCGUCAAGAUGUAGUCGUUCUACUCAGCAAAGUCCUAUGGGCGCUCGGCGGAGACGAACAACGUUCCGUGGCCAAAGAUCAACUCUUUUCAGUGAUUUCCGAUAAUCCGAAUUAUUUACCAGCCAUUUUCUCGCUAUGCGUCAUGGGGAUCCUUGGUGAUGAUGGCACUUUGACCCAGGCGGCACUUCAAGAACUUUGCAAUGUAUCGCCCGAUAUAGCAUAUACGUCAGACAGACAACAAUGGGUUCCAUGGCUGAUUUCAAGGUUCCACAAAUUGCAGAAUGAACCCACUCGUUCAAUGCGAACGCUUGUCAACAGUAUUCAUCAAUUGCCCUGGUUGGCCGUGUCAUGGGCCCGGCUGUCAGCGGACAUGGAUGUAUGCGGAGAUCAAGGUGUAAAAAAAUCCAUGACUUCAGCGGCUUUGGCGGUGGUGGUAGACAAGGCGACGACGGCCAACGAAAAAGCACAUGUGUAUGAAUGUGCAUCCAAAGCGUGCAAUGACCGAUCAGAAGAAUCGCUGAAGGAUGCCCAGCGAGCCAUUCGGCUGGCUCCUUGGCGUCUAACUGCUUGGCAGGCCUUGGCCAACGCCACAUCGCUGGCUUAAACGGGAUGUUUCAGAUUCCUGAUUCAAAUUUAGAAAUUGAAUACGUUGCACAAUGACUGCAUUAUGAUAUCAUCGGCGGUGGACGUGCCCAAAUUUUUUUUUCUCUUCAUGUGCCUAUUUUCAUGAUCGUCCGUAUAUAAACUCCUAGGAUUUUCUAUUCUUCUUUUUUGGUUUUAUUUCUCUGAC